GCCAGCAGACACCCUGAGCAGGCACAUGGCUGUGAACUGAGCGUGCCAGAGACAAGCGGGCCGCAGGCAGGAGCCACCGAGCUCGGGUCCUGAGGAAGGAGAGAGACCGCCUGCGGCCGGCGGCCAGCUCAGGGCUCGGCUGCAGCGUCGUGGAAAGGAGCUUGGUGCUCAGCAGAGCUAGGAGGGGCCGGGUGCAGAGGCAGCAGGGCCCGGCCAGCCUUGCGAGGACAGGAGGGGCUCGGCCGCGCCCCUGGGCUGAGGUACCAUGGCCAGGCUCCACCCCGGCCUGCUGCUCCUGAUGGCCACGGUGGCCCUCGCGUCCAGAGGUGUCCAGGCCUGGGGUUCAUCGAAGGUGGUGAGGAAAUUCCAAGACGUCCCCGAAUCCUACGUAUACGUGGAGCAGGCACUGUGGUUCGCCAUGAAGGAGUACAACGAGGCCAGCAAGGACGAGUACACCUUCAAGGUGUUGCAGAUUCUGAAGUCCCAGGAGCAGGUCACAGAUAGUUUGGAUUACCUUCUUGAAGUCAAAAUUGCCCGGACAAUGUGCAAGAAAGCUUCAGGGGGAAAUGAACACUGCUUAGUACAACGGGAUCCCAAAAUGCAGAAGAUGUUUCAUUGCACCUUUAUUGUGGCAUCCAAACCCUGGAACUUUGAACUCAAUAUGCUGAAGAAAGAAUGUCAGCCUGUCUAAUGGUCUUCUAGCGCAUUCUGCCGCUCUCAUGAGCAUUUAAAGACGCAAAGACACUCGUAAAACAUUUAAAUA